ACUACAGUGUUGGAGACCAAGACUUGAAGUCUUACAUCUGAGCAGUACUUUUUGGUUAGGAACAAACUAUUGUUACUUUAACACUUCCUCAAAGAAGUUAAUAGAAAAAACAAAGCUUUGCUGCUGCUUCGGACUCAUUAAGUGAAGUGUUUAAUAGCUAUACUCUCCCUUUUUUCUUUGGCUGCUAGGAUUCUAAAAGCUAAGGUCGAAAUAUUGCAAAAGCAAGUCAACAUUGAUGGUUGUAAACCUGUGCUCUUUUCUAUCUUUUCUUGCCUCUCAAUGUUUGUAUCUGCUUUAAGGAAAAUCUGUGCGUUUCAGUUGAUUACAGACUAUCUUUUAAAAGAGUGAAAGGAAUCACUUUCAAGUCUCAGUUCCAGGGAGAGGGCGGGGAGGGGCCAGGUAAUUGUUUUCUCUUCUGGCUUCUAGGCUUUCUGCCUCUGCGCACUGGUUCCUUUGCAACACGCAUGAGUGGUGCCUUGGCUGAGGAAGCUGUGCCAGGACCGUUGCUAGGAUACAGCUAGCAACAGCGCAUAGAAGUAGUAGGGAGCUGCUUCUGAAGAUCCGAGAAACCUCUUGGUCUAGACUAGCUGCGUUUCGUGAACAGGAAAAUGUCUGAUGAAGAGGAACCGGUUGAAGCUCAGAAAGCAGCAGAUUCCUCAGUGGAGGGCGAUGCUGCUGCUGACAUCAUCAGCAUUCCUCUCCCUUCAGAAGGGGAGGGAUCAGAAGUAACUGCUGAGCUAGAGUCUAAACUGGAGGAGGAGGAGGAGUACAGCACCGAGAGUGAGGAGACAACGGAGGAGCAGAGUGGACGCCGCUUCUCAACUGCAAAGUCAUACGAUACCAAGCCAUCAAGGGAAGGGGAUAAGAUCCCCGGAAAAUCUUCACAAUCUCUAGAACAGGACUCAACACAGUCAGGCAACCAGAUUCCAGAAGAUGACCCACUGUCAUUUCUGAAUAAAAUUAAAAAUAUAAAGGAGACUUUGCAGUCUUCAGUCAAAGAGUCUUCGGCCACAGUAAAAAUUGUGCUUAUUCCUGCUGGCCAAGAAAUCAUAAUGCCUUUUAGAGUUGACAUCCCAUUUAGAUACCUCAAGGAGCACUUUGCACGCUUAUUAAACAUCCCACAUUUUGUCCUGCAAAUAACCUUCUUAGGAGUAAUUAUUGGUAGUAAUGAGACUCUAAUACAACAUGGUGUUAAACCACAAGAAAUAGUACAAGUGGAUAUCUUUUCCACACAUCAAGAUCAAUAUCCAGUCAAAAGAAUAGAGGGAUUGAGUGGAGGCUCCCAGAUCAUAACUGUCACCGUACAGACCAGCACUGAUCGCUACGAGGAGGUAGCUGUUGAGAUUGUAAAAUCUGACUUCCACAAGCCAUUUCUUGGUGGAUUUAGACAUAAAGUAACAGGAAAAGAAUAUCACAAUGCUGGAACACAAACUGUACCUAAAAGUAUUGCUGAAAAACCCAGUCUAUUUUGUAGGGACACCCAGACAGUUUUUCAGAAAAAGAAGCUCCAACAAACUACAAAUACAACAUCCACUCAAAUGAAUAAAAUCGGUGUAUAUAUAUCAAAUAUGACUGAUAAACUGGUAAAACCAGGAAGGUAUUUUUCUGCAGCAGAAUAUCAUGCUCAAAGGCUACAGGCGGUGCUAGUAAUACAAACUUGCUAUAGGCGAUGGCGUGCUAAAUGCUAUGUGGAGAGCUUAAAAAAACAAAAAAAAUUGAGGUUGGAGUGGGAAGCAGAGGACAAGCUUAGGAAGAUCAGAGAGAAAGAAGAGUGGCUGCAGAUGGACUACUACCGGAGACACAAUCCCAAGACAAACGAAGACUUUGAGCUUCUUUACAAUGCACUGGAACUCUGGCGGCAAGAAGAAGUUGCACAGAUUGACCAACACUUAACUCAAGCUGAAAGGAAAGCUACUUUGUGUGAACUUUUGGAAAAAGAGACGCAGAUAAUUGCCUCCAUUGGGAGACAUAGGUGUAUUGCUCGUAUGGAGAGCCAGGAAGCAGCAAUACAAGGUUUUUUGGACAAGUGUUCGGCUCCAAAGACCUGGAGAAGACCCGAUGGCAAAACCAUUGAAGUGGAUACACAGUUCACCAUAAGAGCCAGAGAGCUGCAAAGCAUCUACAAGUGCAUUAUGCUGAAAGACCUCUCUCAAGAUGAGAGACUGGAUAUACUUUUGACCCUUAAGCACACUGUGAAGGAACAUGAAUGUAAACUGACCCAGGAAAUCCUAGAAUUGAUUGACAGAGAAGUUGACCUCAUGAUGAGGGGAGUCAAACCUCAUAACCUUGAAGGACUCAGAAAAAGAAUUGCAACACUCUUUUUUCACUAUAUCAAAACACCUCUGUUUAAUCCUGAGGUUGCAAGAUUCCUUAAGGUCCCUCAAGACCCACUGAAGUUCUAUGAUAAGAUUUACUUUUGUCACAGUUGCCAGUUAUAUUUGCCUUCUGUAGCAUUUUCUGUGUCGUCCACUUCCCGUCGUGUGUACCGCUGCCGUCACUGUGUGAACCUUGAGAAUGAAAUUCAAAAAAGGGAAUCAUUUUUGAAGUACAAAUGUUUACUUCAACGGCUCUACUAUUCAGAAGCUAAUUAUGGUGAUGACUCUCAAAUUGCUUUUUUGAUGCAGCUUCAAGAUAUUCAGUAUUUGACAGAGAACAUCUGGGCAUCCCAGUCCAUCCUUAGUGCCUGGGAUGAUCUCAAUGACCUGGUAAUGGUCAGGUGGGAUAAGUCUGUGGAGUGGUCUCCCUGGAACUGCAUUCUUCUCACCAAAGAUGAAGGGGAAGCUCAUCUUAAGAUAGAGAAUAUUGAAGAGGGAUAUGGACGCCUUUUUCUUCACAUGAUCAAACACAAACAUAUCUUGGCUAAGAACUAUUUUUCUCAGAUUCCAGUGCUGGCUUCAUUUAUACAUGAAGAUGGUGAAAUAGAAGUGAUCAGAAGUAAAUACUCCAUAGAUAGGCCAUCUAAACUUAUAGAAGCGCAUGGGACUCAUCAUUAGUGGGUUCCAAAGCAUUUAUUUAAUGAUGGGCAUUUCUGAUCUCUGCUAAAGGAGUAAUACAGGGGUCAUGUAAUUUGCAAACAUGCAUUUGUCCUUUUUAUUGGUUUUAAUUAUCUUUGUUUUCAUAGUAUUAUAUGGUAUAUGAGGAGAAAACUGUAUAAAUGAGCCGUUGUUGGAUGGUAGUGCUAAAUUAUUCUCUGAUUUUAUUAAGAUUAAUAAUUUAAAGACAAUAUAUAGUUUUUCUAUUUUCAUGUUAAAUUUAAAAAAUUAAAUGUUUUAUAGUUAAAAUACAACAGCCAAACAAAACCUUGGCCUAGCUUUCAAUGCAAGUAAUUUACUUAAUAUAUUAUAGUUUUAGGAGUGUAAUUAUUUCUUAUAAGACUGUAUUUUGAUAUAGGGAUUUGAAGUUUUGCCUUUUAUUGUCUGCUUUUACCUUUUAACCUUCCCAUAAUCCAAGAAAAGAAACUGUAAACAAAAAAUUUCUGCAUUUCAUGCUGCGAAACAGGGCAAAUAGUGAAAAUAUUAUCUAUGGAGGAGACUUCCUGUGGGGCAAUGGUGAGAUUCAGUAGGAAGGAUGAACUUGAUCCAAUCAACUGUAUCAACUCAUUUCUUAAUAAACUUAAGGAA